AUGGGUAACACGUCCACUAAGCCUUCCAAAACUCACAAUAUGAAUUCAUCAGCCAAGAAGAACGGAUUGUUCAGCAGGUGGGAGAAUAGAUUUCAAGAUAGUAAUAAGAUUGAUCAGAUCAGUCGUGAAAAUAAUGGAACGUCUAAAACACUCCAGGAAGCUCGAAGACGUCGAAAGCAGAAGCAAGCCGAACGAAAUGGUUUGUUGGCCGAAGGUGGAUUUCAUCUGGGAGAUGCUGGAGUAGGUCUCGGACAAGCACUUUCAACUUCGACUGAUCCAUCUGGAGGAGGACAUAGUGCAGGUGCUUCUGCGUGUGGAGGAGGAUCCUCAGGAGGUGGAGGAGGGGGUGGUGGGGGUCAUAGCUCCUCGGGAGGUGGGUCUGGUUGUGGUGGAGGAGGAGGGGGCGGUGGUGGGGGAUGUUAG